AUGGAGAGAAUUAAAAGGCGGCCCGUGCCUACCGUCGUCAAGACCUCCAGCCGCGACACAGAAACCGAAAACGACUCCAACACCCCUCCAGCAGCAAAAUCCUGGCCCGGGCCAUGGGGUCGGAUAGGCGGCCAGGCAGGCACAGCCAUCAUCCUCGGCACAUUACUACAACUCGGAACGUUUGGCUUCCUCAUCUUCCUCUGGGUCGGACGGGGCCUCGAUCCCGACGGAGCCAAGGCGCCGCCUGUCUGGCGAAAGAUCUUCCUCUCGGGUGCGGGCACUCGGGUGGUGACUGUCUGCGCCCUUAUUAUUCGCUCCAUUGUUGGGCUACAAGCGACCGUUUGCACUGGUCUCGCGGCGGCAUUGGUUCUCGAGGCACGGAAAGUAGACAUGAGCAAUGCGGCCGCGUUUUCGGUUCUGCGUGCCGUCAAUGGAGGACCAAUUUCUUUCGUCACGCCGCUCGCUAAGACGCCCGCCAGGCUGUUCACGUCUGUGCCGGCAGUUUUGAUACUUAUCCUCUGGCUCGUGUCGACGGCCAUUUCGUUCUCAUCGACCAUCCUCCUGUCCGAUUUCCGCACGAUUUCUCUUGUCCUCCAGUCUUCCAAUACUCAUGUCCCGGUCAUUGAGGCCUCUUCAGAGCUUGUUGGUCCAUUCGGGCUGCCUCGUUUGGGACCCGAUCCGGGAAUCUGGCAGCAGCCCCUACAGACAUUUUCUACAUUCGGAGAGGCUACCUUGGAAAAACCGAGUCCUCAAGAGGCCUUCACUGACACUGGCCUCAUUAAACGAUCGAUGAUUCCCCUCCAGACCCAGAGCCGCAAGAAUCUCCGUUCAUACCAGGGAGCUUCAGCUGUCUACACCUCUCGCGCUGGCUGUACCCGUCCCAAGAUUGUCAAUGGAUACAUCACCGGCAUCCCACCCACUUCGGCUAUGUCCCAUAUGAUGGAAGAUGCCCUCAUAACAGGCAACAUCACCUGGGAAUCCCCAGGCGGACACACAUUCCUAGAUGGCCUGUCGUGCGGAUCUGCAGGGUCAACCUGUAAACUUCCCUUCAACUGCAAUGUGCCAUACGCCUACACAGACACCGACAAGCCGAUUCUCCCGCGCCAGCCAACUUCGCUAUGCGUCAUCAACACCGUUGGAGAGAGCUUUGAUCCGAACGCGCCAGUUCCGUCGUUCAUGCUGGUGUUCAACACAGACGUCGACACAGACCACUGGGCAAGCUUGUCUCUGGCCGGCAUGGUCAACAACCAGACAAAAUUUCCUCUGCCGAAGCAGGGGGCUUCGGGGGAAUGGACCGUCAUGAACUUUGGGGAUCGGCAGUUCCUCAAUCUCACAAUGUGCCUGCUCAACUCGACGCUGACGCUGGAGCACGUCUCGCUCAACUCGACGGCUGAUUCCCCGGAGCCGGAGAUUCAGUACUAUGCCGGGAACAACACUUGGUCUACUGAUGCAAUUGUCAACAUGACAGACACGACAAGCAAUGCGUCGUACGUCUCGCGCGGCAUCAUGGCCCUCAACAACUGGACCGACGUCUCAGUAGACGAGCUCAACAACAUGUACGCCCAAUCGCCCAACUACAACCCCAGCUUCAUAAACAGCACCUCCGUCACGAACCAGUUCUUCGAAGCGGUCCAGAACGGCAUCAACACAAACGACUUCCACAUCGAGCGCACAUCGGCCAACUUCUCCGUCUACGUCUGCGGCGUGUGCUCCGCCCUCGGCGACACAAACUCGGCGUGGCAGACCCAUCCGUACGUCAGCCUCAUCUUCCACGCUGUUGCUAGCAGGACGGGCAGCAUGGCGCAGGCCAUCCAGGCGACCUUCUUCUGGCUCUACCAGGCGCAGUACUCGAGCGCCGUGCCGGGCUUCGACAUGGGCGACAAUAGUACCAUGGUCUUUUCAGCCGAGGCGUCGGUCCCCGUGGGCAAGACUGGUAUUAUUGUAGUGGGCGUGCUUGUGCUGGUGAACUUGGUGUGCGUGUUUGCCGUGACGGGCAUGUUCCUGUGGCGGACGCACUGGUCGCUGUAUGGAAACGUGUGGCAUGCCGUUGCGCAGUUAGUAGCAGGACCCGAGAUCCGGCCGAUCCUGGAGGAUGCGACAGCGGCGACGGACGGGGAAGUCGAGGGCAAAUUAAAGUACGAGGGCACCAAGACGACCAAAGUUGGGUUGUGGGAUCAAGGAAACGGGAGGUUGGCCGUUGCGAGCGGCGCCAAUCUUUCUCAAGUGACAACCUGGGUAUAA